GGUCUUAAAUGCUUCUCUAAAAUGUCGUAUGCAAACCGGUCUCAGACUCUCAACAUCACUGCUGGACAGCAUUAUCAGGGAUUACUAGAAAGAGUGCUGUUCUCCACCCUGAUAGGAAUGCCAUGCUGUGUGUUUCUCUUCGUUAAUGGGACCAUGUUAUUCACCCUGAGGAGUAAAACUGUGUUUCGUGAGACCUCCCGUUACGUUCUUCUGUAUAACCUCCUUUUUGCAGACACUGCUCAGCUGGCAUUUAGCCAGUUAUUGUAUAUAAUUGCUGCUUGUAGAAUCUGGAUGACGUAUCCCGUGUGUGGUGUUUUCGUUAUGCUCACCAUGCUCACAAACGACAUCUCUCCCCUCACACUGGUGGUGAUGUCUCUGGAGAGAUACGUAGCUGUGUGUUACCCGCUGAGGCACGCUACCAUCAUGACCAUCAGAAACACAGGGGUGGCUAUCGUUGGGGUUUGGGUCUUCAGUUUACUGAAUAUACUCACUCGAGUUCUUUUACUGUUAAAUUUUCCCUUUGAAGACCUGCAGAGCCUGCAGAUGACGGAUGUCUGUUCUGAUAUACAAAUGUUGCUUGAGCCAAUAGUUGAUCAGUACAGCAAAGCCUACACUUACUUUCUGUUUGUUUCAGCUGGUGUGGCGAUCACUUGCUCGUAUAUGGGUGUGAUGGUAGCAGCCAGAUCAGCCUCUACAGACAAAGCUUCAGCCCGUAAAGCUCUUAACACACUGCUGCUGCAUCUGGUGCAGCUGGGCCUCAGUCUCUCCUCCACUAUGCAUGCUUCUAUUAUUCAGUCACUCUCAACAAUCCUGCAAAGGUUAACAAUUGUAAGGAUCAAGAAUGUUUUGUAUGUGUUUAUCUAUAUCCUCCCCAGAUGUCUGAGUUCUCUCAUCUAUGGGCUCAGAGAUCAGACCAUCAGACCCGUCCUCUUGUACCAUCUGUGCUGCCGGCUAAAAUUCAGUUUUCCCAGCCAAGGCUGA